AUUUCAUUAAAUCGUGUGACUGCCAGGAAAUGGAAAACUGGAGAUUUUUUUUCCUCCACGAGCGUUUCCUGAUUCUCAAUUUGGGCAUUUGUUCUGUCCUGUGAUUACUAAUGUUUCUAAAUCGAAAUUCCCGUUUAUGAGUCUCUCAAACAACCAUUACGCCUCCUUAUUCCUAAAUCACAUCAACAAUAAUAAUUUUUCGUCCGUCACCAGCAACGUUUUCCUAUUACCCAUUGUCCCUCAGAAGAUAAAGCACCUGUUCAGGAACCGAGCUGAUGUUUUGCCUGGAAUGUGUGAAAUACAAAUUAACCAUUUCACGGAUGGUGUUUAUAUCAGAAGUCAGUGGUUCAUUUCUGAGCCUGAAUGGAUUAAACCAUCACUAAACAAGUAUGGUCAAGGUUAUAUUUCUUCCAACCCCUCGCUGUCUGAUGUUAAAAAUUUGUUCAGCGACAUUGAUUACGUCCAGCGGGUUCAAGAAUAACGCCAGCGAAUUGAUCCUGAGCGGAAAGUGUUAAACUGUUAGAAUUGAAAAGCAGUAAGCAGACUCUAUACAGAUUGCCUAUACCGCGUUAGUGCUGGCUCAUUGGGAGGGACCAGUGUGGCUUAUUGAGGUUUCUCUUCCAGACCCAGGUCGGUCCAAAUGCAGGAAGAGCAGAUGUACGAAGGGGCUUCCUUCGCCAGACGUUGCCCCCCUCGGGAUAGUUAGGUGCUAGCCGAAAGAGAGAGACUCCGAGGAAUGCAAGUGAUGCGGAGGAUCCAGAUUGGUUUCUUGGCGAUGGUGCUAUUAAUGGGCUUGAGUUCCUACUGGUUUAAUCGGAUUCAGUCCGAUAGGAAAUCGCAUAAAUCGAAGAAGCGCGGUCGACUCGCACAGCGAGAGCUUUCCAAUUGGGAGUCGGUCUGCGAACCUCUCUUCAGGGGGGAGAAACUUUUCCUUUGGAAGGAACAACCCUCGGCGGUCCUCCGGCCCUCGGACGCUGCAGAGCCCGAGGAUUACUGCAGUAACCUGGAAGCACAGCUUCACUAUUCCCAGAGCCCGCUGACUGCCGAGGAGAUCAGCUUUCCCCUGGCCUUUAUCAUGACGGUGCACAAAGAGUUCGAGACCUUUGAGAGCCUCCUCAAGGCGAUUUACCGACCUCACAACCUCUACUGUAUCCACGUGGAUGAGAAGUCUCCUGCACAGUUCCACUUGAAUGUGCAACGCCUGCAGGGCUGUUUCGGUAACGUCUUCCUCGCUACCAGGAUGGAGCCCAUUAUCUACGGAGGGAUGUCCCGGUUGGAAGCGGACAUCAGGUGCCUGAUGGAUCUCCUACAUCUCCGGACUAACUGGAAGUACGUCCUCAACCUGUGCGGUCAAGACUAUCCUCUCAAAACCAACCUGGAGAUCAUUCGACACCUCAAAACAUUUAAAGGCAACAACAUUACCCCUGGCGUUUUGCCUCCAAACCACGCCAAAGUCCGCACCAAAUUUGCAUUCAGGCAGGUGCUGUUACCAAAUCGAUCCUAUGUAGCCAAAACCAAAAAGGAAAAAUCCCCACCUCCACACAACAUAACUAUUUACUUUGGGUCUGCCUACUAUGCUUUGACAAUCGAAUUCGUCAAAUUUAUUUUUAAGGACCAACGCGCUUUGGAUUUGUUAGACUGGUCUAAAGAUACUUACAGUCCUGAUGAACACUACUGGGUGACACUAAACAGAAUACCAGGUGUACCUGGUUCAAUGCCAUCUGCAGGCUGGCAAGGAAAUUUGCGUGCCGUAAAAUGGAGUGAUCAAAAACACCAUGAUGGUUGUCACGGUCAUUAUGUCAGAAAUAUUUGUAUCUAUGGAGUUGGGGAUUUGAAGUGGUUGGAUAAAGUUGACAGCUUGUUCGCCAAUAAAUUUGAACUUCAUUCCCAUCCGCCAACUCUACAAUGCCUUGAAUACCGGAUCCUCAAACGAGCUUGGAAUCAGAAUACCAUUGCUCUGCAAUCGGCCUCCUGAAAGUGAAUGCAAAAGGAUUCUAAACAUCACUGGACGUGAAAACAAGAACAUAAACUGAUCAACAUUCUGGGAUGUACUUGAUAUUUUUCUUGUUUUUUAAGCUGUUUGAAUGUGGUUUUGUUUUAUUUCAUCCAGUCUGUUUUUGACACCAUGGAUAUGUUGAAUAUACCCUUUUAUUUAAAAAAAAAAUCCAUGGAUGCACAAUUUCAGAAGUACGAGAGCAUUCCGUACCAUCUCCUUUUUGGUGAGGAAAAUUUCACUUAGAACAGUGAGCAAAGUUUUUUUUAGAAGGGUAGUAGAGGCAGAGAAGUAACUAGUUAACAUUUGAUUAUAUGGGAACCUAAAUGAAUACAUUUUAUGUACUGUAAGAUACAAGUCAUUCAUGCAUAAGCCAUGUUUGCACUUUCCAUGAACAGCUGCUCAAUAACUAGGAAAAUGUUGAACUUUGUUCAUGACAUUUUUAUUUGGAUGUCACCUAUUGUUGUUCUAAAAUAAGGUGAUCACUUAUGUUUAUCUGAAGUUGACUACAUAAGCAUUGACGGAUUGAAGUGCUACUAAGAAAUGGGGCUUGAGCUAUGCCCAGCCAUGAUUCCCUCAAGCUUGUACCAAAAGUGGGAUUUCUGAAGUACUGUGACAAAUGAAAGUGUCCGGAACUACUUGCAAAUGUUCUGCAAAUGAAGGUGACUACCCUGACUAUUGCAAAUCUAGACAUUUAAAAACUGACUUGUUUGAGUGAAUCCUUUCAAAAGGGGCUGUGAAAUUCUUGGAAACAUUCUCACGUUUAGUAUUCUAGAAGAAUUCUCAAAGGUAGACGAAGGCAAAGAUCAAUGAAGCUGAAAAUACACUUAAUCUCAAGACGGUAAUAAGAGCACUAUAUUGCAGAUUUUGGAAAUCUCACAAACAAAAUGCUGGAGAAAUUCAGCAGGUCUGGUAGUAUCUGAGGAGAGGAACCAAAGUUAAUAUUCUGAGUCUGGUGUGAUCCUCUUCCGAACUGCUUGUCAGAUUCCCAACAUGUAUUCUUCCUGAAGCAUUUGCCAGCCUACUGUUCAAGAUACUGAUUUGACUGCGGUGAAAUUGAUCAUCACUGAAUUAAAGCCCUUUUUUUAGUUUUUUUAAAUAUGCUACUGUAAUUUUCAACAGAGAUUGUCCUGGUGUUUAAUGCAAGACAAAUAUAAUUUUUUGAUGGAGAAUAGUAUAAGCACUGAAAUAAACAGCAGCAGCAACUAGUACUUUGCUCAUUUCAUCAGCAUAUUGCAGUUGUUAAUGCUUUUUUUUCCCCUAGACAUUUGCAAUGCUUUAAGAUUGCAAAUCAGACCGUCUUGAAGCUUUCUUUUUGUAUUAGUCAUCUUACUGACCUAACUGAUUUAAGGAGCUGAUUACACUUAUGAUAGAUCAUUUGUUUCAUUUGGGUGCAAUAUUCAUCAUUCACACUUAGAUGCAGUGAUUACUGUGGUCCCUUUUUUAAAGAAAUAAUUGUCUCUGGAGUUUUGGUUUAACUUUAAAUAUGUAUAUUAAAUACUAGCUCAUUCUUCCAGCAAUUGUUUUCCUCUCCCAAGACACACCUUUUGUUAAUUUGUGGGAAGGCAGUUUUAAGUUGUUUUAUAAAGGAAUCAUCCAUAAAUAAUUCUCCUAUGUUUGGGGUCACUUGUUUGUUUGUCUGUCGGUCGCUCAGUAAAUAAAAGUUGUGGAAGUUUCUGGAAGAAUGCAAGGUUUUGACCAAACUGGUUGAACAAGUUGUGCACUAUUUUUGCAACUACAGAAUUGCCUUGGAAAGCUUAUCAGGCUUCCCUAAAAGGUGAUUUCCUGUUGUACUUGGACUGAAUUAAGAGUUCGGUAUCCAUUUGAUCUCUAGUUAUAAUUAGGCUCUUUUAUUGAUGACGAGGCCUUUGACAUCCAUGACCUUAUUUUGGAUGACUCUACUUGUGUUGGGAUUUUUAAAGAUUGACCUGCUAUAGCACAAUCACUUAGUCUUACUCCUUUUACGUGGGCUCUACCUACAUGAUUUUGUUCAUGUAUUACACACCAACCACAACUGCUGACACUCUCCUUCAAGCUCAUUUAGUUUCUUUAUCCACACCCAGAUCAAAAUCUUGGACAGCUCACCUGUGGGCCAAACGAGUCUUUAAAACUUCUGCAUCUUUUUAGCUUGUCCUUUUUAAAAUCUACUUUUGUGAAUUAUCUUGACAGCGUUCCUGAUAUACCUUGCAAUGUUUCCAAACUGUAAUGCAGACAAAGUACAUUGGGCCACUAAGUCUGUGGGAAUACUUUCAGAGAAUGGUUAUGUCGCUUCUACAUGGCUCUUCCCUGAUAUCCUUGAAAUUUUUUUUCCCCAAAUGCCAAUAACAUUUCCUUUUCAAAGUUACUAUUACAUCUGUAUCUAUCCCCCUAACAGACAGUACAUUCCAAACCUUAAACAUUUAUUGAAUAAGACAACUUUUCUUAUUAGUUCAUUUGCCAGAGAUAAUCAACUUAACUUUUUUUGGGUCACAGACUCUACAGCCGUUGGACACCAUUUCUCUUUAUUUACUCUGAGACUGUUUGAUAUUGGAUAUUAGAGAAAACUAAGGGUAUCAAUCCUAGGAGCUCCAGUAUGUACCUAUCAUUCCUGGAACCAUUUUUUUGUAAAUUUCUUGCUUACUGUAUCCAAAGUCUUUGGAUCUGAUUCUCCCUC